AUGCGGGGCACAGUGGUGAGCAGCCCGGGGCCGCUGGUUCUUGCCCCUGGGCAGGCGGACUCCGAGCCGCAGCUGCCCCGGGCCAGCAGCAGCCGGCAGCUCGCAGGCGCUCUCAGCGCCCGUCCCGGCACGGAGCUGGGCUGCAGCGGCUGCAGAGCCCCAGGGGCCGCGGCUGCGGGCACCGCAGAGCUGCCGGAGGCUGCGCUUGUCUCCGCAGCUGCUGCCGCACCUCUGGGCAGCGGGGAGAGGUGCCAUCAGCGCCGGUGUAAAACUGUUCCUGAGGCCGAACUCCAAAAGGCUUUGUCAGCACUCCUGAGGGCUCGCCAGCAAGGUGCUGUUUGUUCCAGGAAGAGCGAUUCUGGCUGCGAGCUAGAGGAGAGUGAUUUCUGCUCCAUUCAUGGAUCUUUGAAGAAGCUCCUGCAUCUCCAGGAGGGACCAGCAGCCAGAGUUGAAUUCCUGCCUGGGGUGCAAGAAGCCACUUGGCAUAAGCAGGGGGAUGCCACUUGUGAGCGUGCAGAUGUUGAGAAUGAAUUCUCCACCAGGGAUGGCAGUGUGAGCGAGCCCCUGGGUCCCCAGGGCAAAUCAGGAACAAACAAUGAACACAAAAGAAACCUCAGAAGAUUGCUGGGUGAAUGGUUCAGAUCCCAUCCCGUGGGCACGGCGGUGCUGAUUCUGCUGCUCCUGGUGCUGGUGCUGGCUUUGGGGGUGGCCUUGGCUGUGCAGUCAGCAGCAGCACAGGAUCCAGUCACACCUGAGACUCCACAGUGCUGUCCUUUUGACUGGGUUGGGUACAGGCGUGUCUGCUACUACUUCUCAAGGGGUUACAGCACUUGGGAGCAGGCUCAGGAACAGUGCUCCCAGCUCAAUGCCUCCCUGGCCAUUGCCAAGGAUGAGGAGGCCAUGGAUUUGCUCUUCCGCCUCCGCGGGAACGGCGAUUUCUGGCUCGGGCUGCGCAGACGGGGCGAGCGCCUGCAGUGGGAGGACGGCAGCAGCUACAGCUCCCGGGUUCCUGUCCUCGGCAAUUCCGACUGUGUGUACCUGGCUGACGGGAAAAGAUUGAGGAGUGAGUUCUGCUCCACUGAGCGGCCGUAUGUCUGCAGCAAGGCCCAAGCUCCCCUGUAACAGGGGCUGCAGAAAGGACCUUCUCCACGCUGGGCAGUGCCAGCUUCACCUCUGAGCCCAGCACCGGGCUGCCCUUCCUCAGCUGCACCCUGUGCCUUGCACUUCCUCUCAGGGUCA